AUGACAUGGUCAAUCUAUAUUGUCGGAAUUCUACUAUUAAGUUGCCAAGAUGUUCACGGCCAAUUGUAUUUGUAUUACAUGGAUCAAACAAUUAAUAAUGGUUUAUACUAUGAUUGUUUAUAUUACAGAGUAGUUGAUCAUACAAUUCGAUCUUUUGAGAGAGAAAAUGAUUUAAAAACAUGGUAUCAAAUCAUUCCAUAUUGUGUUCGUCCAUUUUCAGAAACGGAAAAAGUAUAUAACGAAGAAACAAAGGGAGAAGUAUUGACUACAUUCACAUUUGAAGAAUUAAGAAGGCAUCAAGUUACUACGUUUGAUUUACUUUCAUGGUCAGCAUUAAUUGAUCUUGUUGAAUUGUACGAUAAAUAUCUUGAUGGACCAUCAAACGUUUCGUUGGGAUUUCAGAAGUUUUACAAUUGUUCUGUCCUAUGGUUUGGAAGAUUUUGUCAAUACACAUUUAAUAUAAGUCUACCACUGAACAUAAUUGUUAACAAAACGUUUACCGACAAACGUUUUACGAAUAAAUCGGAUACUACAUGUUAUUUACAUUUAGAUUGUGAUCGAGGACCAGCACCUGCUUGUCUUGAUUGGCGAGAAAUUUGUGAUAGAAAAGUCGAUUGUUUAGGGAAUGAUGCAGAUGAAAUGAACUGUUUCGAACUCGAAAUAAAUGAAUGUAAAGAAAACGAAUAUCGGUGCCACAAUGGAAUGUGCAUACCAGAAGAAUUCUUAGGCGAAGGUCACUAUUAUUCAGAUUGCCUUGAUAGUACGGAUGAGAUUAUUUUACAUGCGCAGCGUCACGCAAAGUGUUCCAGGAACCCAGGAUUUUGGUGUGAAGAAAGCACCUAUAGAAAGAAUCCUCAACAUUUUUUUUGUGGUGACGGAGACGUCAGCGAUGAUUCUAUUCUUGAAGCUAGCCGGUAUUGUGAUAAUGGACGAAAUAUUAUUAUUAAAAGCUCGUUAUUUUCAUACAUUAAACAUUCUGAACUACCAUACAGCUGCUGGCUUUUGCUACUAUGCGGCACACCGAAUGGCCUAUAUAUUGAAAUCGCUUUGAACUACCAUCUUACGCCCAAAUGUAACACACUAUGUGCUAAUGAUGGAGAUGAAAGUUGUAAUAUUAGCAUGGUAGAUGAAUGUCACACAGAAUUUGUUAUUUUUCCGCAGCGACCUAUUCUUCAUGGCCAUGUGUCCUUACUAUACUUAACAAACCAAACAUUAUUUUUUGAUUAUGGAGAGAUAAACAUAUUUCCCGACUAUGUUUGUUAUGAUGUGAGAAAAUGUCCUUUUCUUCCAUCUAAUUCAAUAUUGAAUAUAAAUGGUACAACUUGUCAAUCUAUGCAAGAAUUAAAUCUUUAUACAUUUACUGAUAUUAUCAAUCUUUUCCAAUCUUGUCUCAUUGUAAUUGAAAACGAACAUGAAAUUAAUUAUAAUCGAUCAACACUCUUUCAAUGUCCAGGUACGACAAAGUAUAUUUCAACGCAUCGAGUCUUCGAUGGUGUUCCAGAUUGUUAUAAAGGUGCUGACGAAAAAGAUGUUGACGCUUGUCAAUGGAAUCAUAAACAUCGUUUUAAAUGCCCAAAAGAACAAAAAUGUAUUUCAUUCAUUUUACGUCAAAAUGGUGUAAAAGAUUGUCGUAAUGGUGACGAUGAAACUAUGAGUAUUUCUCAAGAAAUAACAUUUCAAAAUUUGUGUAAUGGAUAUGUUCACCUACAGCCUAGGAUGCUCGAUGGAUUUAUUGAAACAGAUGAAACACAUUGUGAUGAUUGGCCAUGCAAUAAUUUAUAUACUCGAUGUGAUGGAGCUUGGAAUUGUCCAAAUGGUAUUGAUGAACUUAAUUGUUUCCCAUCCACAUGUCCUCUCGAUACUCAUGAAUGUAUUUCUCCUAUAACAAAGAAGCUCAUAUGUUUACCAUAUCAUCGAGCCGGAAAUGGAAUUGUAGAUUGUCUUGGAUCUACAGAUGAGAGAGAAUAUUGUCGAUUGCAAAACCCAGAGCGUUCUCAAGCGAGAUUUAAAUGUUGGAAUGAUACUUUAUGUGUUUACAAUAUUCAUGUUUGUUUGGAACGUAUAUGUUUCAUGGAAGGGAAAAUAGACUGUUCAUCAGAUAUGAAAUAUGUUUUGGAACGUCUAAAUGAAGAUAAGAAACUUAAAUUUCCUCUAUUUAAAUAUUUUAUGCUUGAUCGUCUCAGAACAAAUCUUUCAUCAUUGAUGGUAACGAAAAACGAUUCGAUUCAAUUGAUUGUAGAUCAAGAAACGAUGAUAUUAAACAAAAAGUUUACAAUUAAACGAACUGAAACAUGUCAUCGCGGUAUUUUGAUUUAUAUUGGAAUUUCAUUGAAAAUUCGUUGUCUUUGUCCUCCGAGUUAUUAUGGAAAUCGAUGUCAAUAUCAAAGUCAACGCGUUAGUUUGACACUUCAAUUUAGUCGAAAAUGCGCGCCAGUUUGUUAUGGAGUAUUUGGCAUUGUUAUUAGCCUUAUUGAUCAAGAUAAUGUCAUUCACGCAUAUGAACAAUUAACAUACUUAUCAACAUAUGAAUGUGACAAGAAAUUUUUCACUUAUUUACUCUAUCAAUCGCGACCAAAAAGUAUAACAAAAAAGUAUAAGGUGAUAGUGGAUGCUUAUAACAAAACGAGCUUAAUUUAUUAUGCAAGUUGGAUUUUACCAGUUCAAUUUCUUUUUCUUCCUGUAAAUCGAAUAGCUGCACAUUUAAAUAUUCCAUCUCAUCCAAUUAAUUCAUUGGAAACCUGUUCUGUUUNGUUUAGCUGCAAUGAAGAGAAAAAAAGCAGUUUUGUAUUUCUUACACAAAACAAUCAAAAUCUUAUUUACCAAGUUGUCCAACGAUUUGACCAACCGCACCUGAUGCUCCAGUAA